CCCUCCCCUGGGACGGGCGCUCCAGAGAAGCAGUGGGGUAGAAAAGCACCUUGGGCUGGUGUACACGGCAGAGUGAGUUGGAGCCACCCAGGGUCAGGAGCAAAACCGAGCAGAGACCACCCCGCAGCCACUGUCUUCCUGAAGAUGGCCAAAGAUGAUUCCACUGUCCGUUGCUUCCAGGGCCUGCUGAUUUUUGGACAUGUGAUUGUCGGUAUGUGUGGCAUUGCCCUGACUGCAGAGUGCAUCUUCUUUGUAUCCGACCAACACAGUCUCUACCCGCUGCUUGAAGCCACCAACAACGAUGAUAUCUACGGGGCAGCUUGGAUAGGCAUGUUCGUGGGCAUUUGCCUCUUCUGCCUGUCUGUUCUAGCCAUACUAGGAAUUUUGAAGUCCAACAGGAAAAUCCUUUUGGCGUACUUCAUUAUGAUGUUUAUAGUAUAUGGUUUUGAAGUGGCGUCUUGUAUCACAGCGGCGACACAACGAGACUUUUUCACAGCCAACCUCUUCCUGAAGCAGAUGCUGGUGAGGUAUCAAAACAACAGCCCCCCAACCAAUGAUGAUGAAUGGAAAAACAACGGUGUUACCAAGACCUGGGAUAGGCUCAUGCUCCAGGACCAUUGCUGUGGUGUAAAUGGCCCAUCAGACUGGCAGAAAUACACCUCUGCCUUCCGGAUGCAGAAUAACGAUGCUGACUAUCCCUGGCCUCGGCAGUGCUGUGUCAUGAACAAGCUUAAAGAACCUCUCAACCUGGAUGCUUGCAAGCUUGGAGUGCCUGGUUAUUACCAUAGUCAGGGCUGCUAUGAACUGAUCUCGGCACCAAUGGAUCGGCAUGCCUGGGGAGUUGCCUGGUUUGGAUUUGCCAUCCUCUGCUGGACUUUUUGGGUUCUCUUGGGUACCAUGUUCUACUGGAGCAGAAUUGAAUAUUAAGCACACAGUGUCCCCGCCAUACCUCUUUCCUCGGAUGACUCUGGAUUUGGUGCUGGAACCUGCUGUUUCGUCACAUGCCUUCUGUGUGCUCCACAAUGACAUGCUUUUCUCACUCAAAUGCCAGCUCAGGUAGAAGGGGCUUCCUUUCGGCUCUCGGGUUGUGCAGUCCUCAGUGGAAAUAGUUCCCAUCCUUGUCUAACACUCUGCAACAUAUUUAUACACUAUGAGACAGAAAUUUUGGAGAAUGGAGAUGACUCUAACUCUGUUUAUGUUUAAUGUGGGUGCACAAUGACAUUCAAAGGAACCUGCCUCACCAUUGUAAGCUGUAUUGAAUAGCAUUAGAGAAGGAAGCCCAUAUCUCUUACUAUUUAUUCAACCUUGUAAGGCUUUCAUGUCACUGUAAAGACUGGGUGAGAGAGAGGAGAGGAGAUUACAGAGUUGUGCCUCUAUCUCUGGUUCUGCUAUAGCUUCUGUCCACACUAGUGGUGGUUAUGGCAUAGCCACCACCUUUGGGACAAUCCUUCAUUUUCAUGGAAUAAGUAUACAGACUUCCUCUCUUGCCCUGUAGAGUGACAUGCACUUAGCAACUUCAUUCUCAGUUCAUUGAAAGUGUGUAAUCUUUAGGGACAUUGGCACUGCCCAUUUUACAUCAGCUCAGUCUUUGCCCUCAAAGGUUUCUACGUGGAGAUCCAAGCCAGCUAUUAGAACUAGUGAUUUAUAGGGAGUUUUGUUUGCUGUCAAAAUAGUUUGGUCCUGAAGGAAGUCCGAACAACUCACCAUUGUUUGCUUGCCUAUAAAUAAAGAAGCCCAUAAAACA